AAACCAUUGCAACAUUUGGUCUAUAACCAGCAAACCAUUUUUAGAUUAAAAAGUAAAUAUCAUAAUAGUUUUUGUCAUAUUGAAAGGGACAUUGGACAAACUUCAGCGGCAUGAGUGAAAAUUUAAGCAUCAACUAACCUCUAACAUCACUCGGAAAGUUGCACAUGCGUCGUGAUCUGAAAUAAAAACAAAAACUGUCGAGUAUUUGGGACACACAUUGUACAUACUAACAACAAAAUAGGAGUGCAUUUACUAAAGUACUAAGAAUGAGUGAAAACCAAGAGUUGAACCAGGGACCACCAUCUCAUGAGCACGCAAAGGGAGGGCAUCCAGGUGGAUACCAGCCGGUCCAACAAUCAGAGAAAACACCUUAUGAACAACCAGGACAACCACCCUAUGGACAAUCAGUCUAUCUACAACCAGGACAGCCGCUCUAUUGUCAACCAGGACAACCACCCUAUGGUCAACCAGGACAACCACCAUAUGGCCAACCUCCUUGUGGUCAACUAGGACAGCCUUAUGCAACCCAACAAGUUGUGGUGACUCAGCCCGGCCAAGCUGUUGUUGUUGUAACAGAACAAAGACCUCCAGAUUACCUGAUCUCAUCAAUACUGGCAUUAUUGUUUUUCUGUCCUACAGGUCUAUGUGCAAUGUAUUAUGCUAACCGGGCAAACACUCAGGCAUCUGCAGGGGACAUGAUUGAAGCACAGAGGAUGUCUCAUAGGGCUAAAAAAUUGUUGAUUACAAGCAUUGUGAUUGGCGUGGCCUUGACCAUUCUCGCUAUUAUGUUCAGGCUGACACAUGAUUACGAUCAUUGAUCAGAUUGCUGAUUAGAAUAAGAUACGGUCAACUAUCGUUAUCUCGAUAUCGUUUUUUUUUCAUAAUUUAUUAUCUCGAUGAAAUUUUAAAAGUCCCGAAUUUCUUCCUCUUUAUCUAUGUUGAAUUUAUUUGUUUAUCUUGAUAUCUUUAGUAUCGAAGUUAAAUGUAAGUUAUUUUCACACUAGUAUUAUUUGUUUUUCUUGACUAAUAAUAUUAGUCUGCCCCAGCAGAGGUGUAAGUAACACAAAGCAGACGGUCAAAAUGUGUAAUUGUCCCCCGCCUUUUCGAAGUAAAAAAGGGGGAUAUAGAAAUAGGUUGUGUUCGUCCGUCCGUCUGUCCGUCCGUCACACUUUCGUGUCCGGUCCAUAACUUUGUCAUUUAUCAAAUGAAUUUGAAAUAACUUGACACAAAUGUUUGUUAUAAUAAGACAAUGUGUCAUGCGCAACAAUUAGACCCCUAUCUCCAGGGUCAAGGUCGCACUUGCUCGUGUAUAUGUCGUGUCCGGUCCAUAACUUUCUUAUAUAUGAAGAGAUUUUGUAAAUUCUUGCCAUAAUUGUUCACAAUAAUGAGACAAUGUGUCAUGCGUAAAAACCGGUUACCUACCACCAAGGUCAAGGUCACACUUGGAGGUCAAAUAGUAACAUAGUCUGUUAAAGGGUUUAUUUUGUGUCCGGUCCAUAACUUUUUCAUAGAUUAAAGGAUUUUGAAAAUACUUGGCACAAAUAGUCACUAUAAUAAGAGGAUGUGUCAUGCACAACACCUGCAUCCCUACCUCCAAGGUCAAGGUCACACUUAGAGGUCAAACUUAACAUAGUAUGUUCAAGGGUAUAUUUUGUGUCGGAUCUAAAACUUCUUCAUAGUUUAAGGGAUUUUGAAAUAACUUGGCAAAAAUAGUCACAAUAAUAAGACGAUAUAUCAAAUACAACAACUGCACCCUUACCUCUAAGGUCAAGGUCACACUUAGAGGUCAAAUGUUUACAGAGUCUGUUAUUUGGUUUAUUUUGUGUCCGGUCCAUAACUUUUUCAUAGAUUAAAGGAUUUUGAAAAUACUUGGCACAAAUAGUCACUAUAAUAAGAGGAUGUGUCAUGCACAACACCUGCAUCCCUACCUCCAAGGUCAAGGUCACACUUAGAGGUCAAAACUUAACAUAGUAUGUUCAAGGGUAUAUUUUGUGUCGGAUCUAAAACUUCUUCAUAGUUUAAGGGAUUUUGAAAUAACUUGGCAAAAAUAGUCACAAUAAUAAGACGAUAUAUCAAGUACAACAACUGCACCCUUACCUCUAAGGUCAAGGUCACACUUAGAGGUCAAAUGUUUACAGAGUCUGUUAUUUGGUUUAUUUUGUGUCCGGUCCAUAACUUUUUCAUAGAUUAAAGGAUUUUGAAAAUACUUGGCACAAAUAGUCACUAUAAUAAGAGGAUGUGUCAUGCACAACACCUGCAUCCCUACCUCCAAGGUCAAGGUCACACUUAGAGGUCAAACUUAACAUAGUAUGUUCAAGGGUAUAUUUUGUGUCGGAUCUAAAACUUCUUCAUAGUUUAAGGGAUUUUGAAAUAACUUGGCAAAAAUAGUCACAAUAAUAAGACGAUAUAUCAAGUACAACAACUGCACCCUUACCUCUAAGGUCAAGGUCACACUUAGAGGUCAAUUGUAUACAGAGUCUGUUAUUUGGUAUAUUUUGUGUCCCGUCCAUUACUUCUUCAUAGAUUAAGGGAUUUUGAAAAAUACUUGGCACAAAUAGUCACUAUAAUAAGAGGAUGUGUCAUGCACAACAUCUGCAUCCCUACCUCCAAGGUCAAGGUCACACUUAGAGGUCAAAACUUCACAUAGUAUGUUCAAGGGUAUAUUUUGUGUCGGAUCUAAUCUUCUUCAUAGUUCAAGAUAUUUUGAAAAUACUUGGCACAAAUAUUCACAAUAAUAAGACGUUAUGUCAUGCACAACACCUGCACCCCUACCUUCAAGGUCAAUGUCACACUUAGAGGUCAAAGCUUAACAUGAUAGAUUUUAAAAUUCCAUGUUUCAUUUUUAUCUUUAAUAAAUUUAUUGUUGCAUUUGCUGAUCUAGCAUUGAUCGUAAUUUUGGACUGAAUGUCCUGAGAUCCAUACCUCAAUCUUUUGAAAUAGCACAAUUUUAUGCUUCAUAUAAAACUUCCCGAGGUGGGGGACGUUGGUAAUUUUGUUACAAAUUCUUGUUAUGUUUGUAACAAGUCGAGCUGUUUUUUUUAUAUAUAAAAGUUAAUGUUAUUAGCGUGUUGAUUGACUUAUAUCAAAAAUGAGUGAAUUUACCGUUUUUGUAUAAAAUAUUGGAACUGUAUUAAAUUUAUUAGUUUACAUUGACUUAGAUGAAAGAGUGUCAGUAUAAAUACAUUGUCGUUGCAAUUUUGUUUACAUCAUUACUGGAGGCAGAUGAAAAUUUCAAAUUGUCUGAAAAUUAAACACUGUCGACCAUGACCAACCCAUGGGGAUAGCUGGAUUGACAGCAUCUAAAAACAACGCUUUAACUUUAGUGGUAUAUUACCGAGUAAGCCUCACUCUGUGUGUUUAUCACAGACUGUUGCAUGUCCGCUAGUAAACAGCCGCUGGUAACAUAUUCGAAGAUUAUAGGCUUUUAAAAUUGCGAUAUUAGACGCACGAAAACAUGUUAUGUAAACAUAUGUAAUUUGACUCAAAUAUAAGGUAUGCACAUGUCUUUUGAUUCUGACUGGUUCAAACUCUAAUACAUUUAUCUCGACAUUUCGUUAUCUCGAUAUUUUUUCACGGUUCCGAUGACUUCGAGAUAACGAAAGUUAACUGUAUUUCAGAUAUUUUGUCAGCUAAAAUGAAACAUUACACAUACAGUCCUUGUCUUUAUACUUGAUGUAGAAUAUCAUUAAUCAGCAUAUUUUCUUCAGUGUUGCAAGUUUGGUUUUAGCUUAAAAUAAUGUAAUGUUUGCCUUAGUAACUGCUUUUAUGAUCCAUGUGUUACUGUAUUUACUGGAGUCCAGUUUUGUACUCCAAAGCUUUUUGACUUAUCAAGUUUAAGUUCUUAGACUGAGAUCCUGUAAAGAUGCAUAGUACUGAUUAUUAUUGAGUGCUUUGUUGUUUUUUUAGGCAAAUUAUAUGCGAAUGAAUAUAUUAAGUACAAGUAUUAGGUCUGUUUGAUACAAGAUGAUUCUAAGUAACAGCUAAGUUUCAAAGCUCGAAAUUUUGUCAUUAAAUUGAGACCGAUUUAGGAGUCAUAAGUUGAAGUACUGAUUGUCUUUAAGAUUUUAUGCAAGCUUCUUCGCCUUACCGAAGUUCCACUGUCCUUUUUAAACAGGGUUGCCCUAAAAUUUAAGGGUUUGUGUUAAAUAAAACCACCGUAAGCCUAAGUGACAUUUUAACAUUGUUUUGAAUCUAUUCUUAUUUUGGAUCUCUACUUAUUUUCUAGUAACAAAGUAUCAGUGUUUUAUUAUAUACAAACACGAUACCAUGUAUUAGAAUCAGUUUUUUAAAUUUUUACAUGUUUUUGUCUGCAAUUGUCAAUUUUUAUUUUCUGUACCAUAUAUUUGUCAGUAUUUCCAGCAUAGAUACACUUUUAUGAUCAUUUCCAUAAGCAGCUCUUUCGUUUUAUUAGCUCGACUUUUUUUUUUUUUUUUUUUUUUU